CCUCCCCUCCCUUCCCCUCCCUCCCUCCGUGCGCUGCCCGUGGGCGGUGUCGCCGCGGCUCCCCUGCGUGUGGCUGUCCCCGGCGCUGUCCCCGAGCCCGCGGCGUGCAUGGCCGUGCGCGGGCGGCGAUGGCAGCGCGCUGAUGGCCCAGCUCGCCAUGGCCGCCCGGGAGGAGCUCUACAGCAAAGUCAUCCCGCGCCGGAGCCGCCAGCACCGCGCCGGCACCGUCAGACAUGGCUCGUCGCUGGAGAUCCUGCUCUCCAUGGGCUUCCCCAAAGCUCGGGCACAAAAAGCGCUGGCAUCGACAGGUGGAAGGAGUGUUCAAGCAGCAUGCGACUGGCUCUUCUCCCACGUGGGUGACCCGUUCCUGGAUGACACCCUGCCCCGGGAGUACGUGCUGUACCUGCGGCCCACCGGGCCCCUGGCGCAGAAGCUCUCCGAGUUCUGGCAGCAGUCGAAGCAGAUCUGUGGCAAGAACAAAGCCCACAACAUCUUCCCCCACAUCACCCUCUGCCAGUUCUUCAUGUGUGAGGACAGCAAGGUGGACGCUCUCACGGAAGCCCUGCAGGCCACGGUGAUGCGCUGGAAAUGCAAAUUCCCUGCCCCGCUGCCCCUGGAGCUCUACACCUCCUCCAACUUCAUCGGGCUCUUCGUCAAGGAGGAAAGUGCUGAGGUGCUCAAGAAGUUUGCUGCAGACUUCGCUGCAGAGGCGGCUUCCAAAGCAGAUGUCCACGUGGAGCCCCACAAGAAGCAGCUCCACGUGACCCUGGCCUAUCACUUCCAGAGCAGCCACCUGCCCACGCUGGAGAAGCUGGCGCAGAGCAUCGACGUCAAGCUGGGCUGUGACUGGGUGGCCGCCAUCUUCUCCCGCGACAUUCGCUUCGUCAACCACGAGACUCUGCAAGUGAUCUACCCCUACACCCCCCAGAACGACGACGAGCUGGAGCUGGUCCCCGGGGAUUUCAUUUUCAUGUCCCCAGUGGAGCAAACCAGCACGAGUGAGGGCUGGAUUUAUGGCAUUUCCCUGGCCACUGGCUGCUCGGGGCUGCUGCCUGAGAACUACAUCACCAAGGCGGAUGAAUGUGGCACCUGGGUGUUCCAUGGGUCCUACUCCAUUCUGAACACCACGUCUUGCCCAUCCCUGCAAGCCUUUGCUGAUGGAGCUCUGGAGAGAAGGCAGCAGGAGGACCAAGGGCCAGGGGACCCUGGGCCACUCACCAUCAUCUGCCAGAACGUGCAGCCCCUGAGGAUCAGCAGCCAGCCGGGCCCUCAGAAGCGCUGCCUGUUCGUCUGCAGGCACGGCGAGAGGAUGGAUGUGGUUUUUGGGAAGUACUGGCUGUCCCAGUGCUUCGAUGCCAAAGGCAGGUACAUGCGCAGUAACCUGAAUAUGCCUCACAACUUACCUCAGAGGAGUGGUGGUUUCAGGGAUUAUGAAAAAGAUGCUCCCAUCACCGUGCUGGGCUGCACGCAGGCCAGGCUCGUGGGUGAAGCCUUGCUAGAAACCAACACCAUUGUAGACUACAUCUACAGCUCGCCGUCGCUGCGCUGCGUGCAGACAGCCCACAACAUCCUGAAAGGCAUGCAGCAGGAGAACACGCUGAAGAUCCGCGUGGAGCCGGGCCUGUUCGAGUGGACCAAGUGGGUGUCGGGGAGCUCGCUGCCCGCCUGGAUCCCGCCCGCAGACCUGGCUGCGGCCACGCUGAGCGUGGACACAACCUACAGACCUCAUAUUCCCGUCAGCAAGUUGGUGGUUUCUGAGUCUUACGACUCCUACAUCAGCAGAAGCUACCAAGUAACGAAGGAAAUCAUCAGUGAAUGUAAAGGCAAAGGAAAUAACAUCCUGAUCGUGGCUCAUGCCUCCUCCCUGGAGGCCUGCACCUGCCAGCUCCAGGGGCUGUCACCCCAGAACUCCAAGGAUUUUGUACAGAUGGUCCGAAAGAUUCCCUACCUGGGCUUCUGCUCCUGUGAAGAACUGGGGGACACUGGUGUGUGGCAGCUCACAGACCCUCCCAUCCUCCCUCUCACCCACGGACCAACGGGAGGCUUUAACUGGAGAGAAACCCUCCUGCAGGAGUAGGGAGAAGCCAGCAAGGCCAGCCCUUCCCAGCGCUGGAGAACGCCUCUUCUUCCUCCUUGUGUUUUAUUGCCAGCAGGAAAAACCCUCCUCGUCUGCCCUGCGGCUCCCUCCAAGCACAUCUCACACAGCCACAGCCCUGCCCACAGCCUCAUUUACAACAAAACGGGCUGAUUUGAAGGGGGGAAAAAAUAUUAAAGUACAGCUUGAGGCUCUUGCACAGUUCAGGGUUGGUUUCCUCACCUUGAAGGCGCUCUGGUGACACUUUCACUGCCACUGCAGGGACAAGGAGCCCUGGGUCAGGCAGGGUGCUGGGGGUGUUUUCUCACUGCUGUUUUUGCAAAGUGUCUGCAGCCUUGUUCAGCACCUCGUGCUUGCUCCACUGCCAGCCCCCAAAGCCUCAGCAGCUUCCAGAAAAAUAAAAGGGUUUUGUUUCCUUCCCCCAGGCUGGAAAUGAGUCCAGCGUUGCCUCUGCAGGCUGCCCCAGGUUGUUCCUCCCUCUCCUCUGAGCAGACAGAGGUGGGAGUGCUCAGAAUGUGCUGGAUGUUGGGCAGAGAUUGGUUGGUAUUUGGGAAAAUUCUGAAUUUUACAUCAGUUACAGGUGAACUGCAGUUCCAGCUUCCCUAAAGAGGAGAAACAACUGGGCUGGAGCAAACCCCCAAAAAAAGAGAAAUACUUGGGAUGGAAGAAACCCCAAAAAAGGAGAAGGAAUUGGGAUGGAGGAAACCCCCCCAAAAAAGGAGAAAUAAUUGGGAUGUAACAAGCCCCAAAAGAGGAGAAACAAUUGGGAUGGAGGAAACCCCAAAAGAGAAACAAUUGGGAUGGAGAAAACCCCAAAAAAGGAGAAAAAAUUGGGAUGGAGGAAACCCCCAAAAAAGAAAAACAAUUAGGCUGAACAAACCCCCAAAAAAGGAGAAAUAAUUGGAAUGGAACAAACCCCAAAAAAAGGAGAAACAAUUGGGCUGGAGCAGCCCCAGAGGGGCUGAGCUCAGGUUGCAGCUGCCCAUCCUGUCCAUGCUCAGAGCCUGGCCAACAUCCCAGCUAUUCCCACAAUCCACAGGAUAAAUAUUCCAUUAUUUCUACUUUCAGGACUGUGUAACACCCCUUAGGCCACUCGUAAGUGCUUUAUUUCAGCAGGGAUGGAACUGAAAAGUCAGGGAGAAAAUUUAGGACAGGGCAAGGGAAAAAAAAAUCCCGUUCCUGUGUGGUUUUAUCGCUGUCAGGUUCAUUUUUAAUUGCCAGUUAAAUUAUUUUUGGCUGUGUGCAGACAUUCUGAGGAGCAUUUCUGGCUUGUUUUCAUCCAUGCAAAAAAAAAAAAUUAAUUAAAUACUUGACAAUCACACCAAAAAAAAUUUUUUUUUGUUUGCUGAGGUGUGUGAAUUCUCCAGAUUUUUUGUUUCAUGCCAGCGAGGUGUAAAUUGGGGCAGGAAAUAUUGUUGUAUUCUAAUAUUUAUUGCUCAGAUCCUGCUGGAGUUGAGUGACAUUAAAAGGAGAUUUUAGGGGCACGAAACAGAGAGGGAGCAAAAGCUGAAUGCACAAUUUGAGUGGUGUCAGCUGCUCUUUGAUAUAGUAAUAGAGAAAAAAGUGUUCUGCUUGAGGAGGUAGAUGUUCAAAUACUCUUCUUUAAAAAAAUAUAUAUAUUUUUGGAUGUUUGGGAAAUAUUUUGACAAUUGUAGUCUUGUCUCGAAUUAGGUGUCAGGAAUCACAGGGAGAAAAAUCUUAUUUUCUUCAGCAUUUUGAGUUUCCUUGGGGGUUUUGUGUUAAGCAGUCUCGUGUUGAAAAGGCUUUUUGGGUGGAAAAAAAAGAGAAAAAAUGUUGUUCCUUUUAAAUUUCUAAUUGAGAGGUUAAAAAGACAAAAGAAUUGCUGCUUCACUUUCACCCCAUUAAUGUGGAUUUAAUGCUCAUUAAUGUGGAUUUAAUGUCUCACCAGUGGUUUGUCCCAGAACAUUCAACUUGAGCUCUCCAAAAUCUUUUCCUUCACUGUGAGCUGCAUCAGAUCCCAAGUUUUAUUCUAACAGCACUUCCCAGGUUUUCCCUUCUCUCCACAAUUAAGG